GGGCGUACCCGGAAAUGUAAGACAACAUUACCGUGAUCAGCUGACUUGUGUGUGUGUGCGUGUAUACGUGGGGAAUAAGCAGCAUCGUGACAAGUUUUGCCCCACUUUUUUUCUGACUUAUUUGUUCUAAAACAACUUUCUACUGCCAGAGAGCUAGAGCAGCCAUGUUACGACCGAAGGCUUUGACGCAGGUGCUGAGCCAAGCGAACACAAACGGAGUCCAGAGCACACUAUUGCUAAACAACGAAGGCUCUCUUCUGGCCUACUCGGGCUACGGGGACACGGACGCUCGCGUCACCGCCGCUAUCGCCAGCAACAUCUGGGCGGCCUACGACAAGAACGGCCACCAGGCCUUCAACGAGGACAAACUCAAAUUCAUACUCAUGGAUUGCAUGGAGGGAAGAGUGGCCAUCACGCGAGUGGCCAACCUGCUCCUGUGCAUGUACGCCAAAGAGACUGUGGGCUUUGGAAUGCUCAAAGCUAAGGCCGAGGCUCUGGUACAGUACCUGGAAGAACCAUUGACCCAAGUAGCCGCAUCCUAGUGGGAAUGGGGCCAUGCAGGCCCAUCUUUUGUGUGGCUUUGAACUCAUGACUGCAAAUCUCUUUUUUUGUUUAAUAUUUAAUCUGCAUAUAAUGGUGUUGAUGCCAUUAGCAAUCAUUUUGUCUGUUUGUUUAGUUAUACUUAAUGCUCAAUUCUGUUAUGACAGUAAGGAAGGUCCAUGAAACCAUUAAUAUGGAUUUCUAAAGUGCUGUUAAAUGCAGUUAAUUUUGAAUGUUAUGCUUUAGUUCAAAUAUGUACAAUAAAAAAAUUCUGAUUAUAGAUCUUGUUGU